UCGUGGUCAUCGGUGAGCGUGUGAGCCUCAUCCUAGCCCAAGCUAGCUCGCAUCAAGAAAGAGCAUUGUGCCUACUAAGCGACCGAUCGUCCGACCGUCCGACCCACGUGGGGUCCUUCUUUCUCUGUUCUUCGUUCUCGGAAGAUCCCACUUCAUUCAGCCCGGCCCGCUGGACAGAGAGUUUUCCGCUGGACCCAGGUCCGGAGUCCCGCCGUAGUUAGCCCUGCCUGCCGGGUGUAGCGUGCCCCCUCCCCUCCCCACCCGUGCCCGCUCUUAUCCUGAAGAUCCAUCAUGUCGGGCUGUCCCAGCCACGUGUUGUUCGAGCACGCCUCGGGCUAUGCCCUCUUCACCGUCAAGGAAUUUGAGGAGAUUGCCAGUUUGACGGCGGAAGUGACGCGAGCCUUAUCCGAUGUGUCGGCCUUCAAUGGCAUCCUCAAUCUGGUGGCCUUCUAUCCCUUCAAGAGCGCGGCCGAAGCCUUGGCUAACAUCAAUGCCAUCAGUGAAGGCAUGGCCUCCGAGGAGCUCAAGAUCUUCCUGCAGGCCAAUCUACCCAAGAAGCUCAAGAAGGUGUUGUUGGGCAUGCAGGAGCCCAAGUUGGGCGCCUUUUUGGCCGAGGAAUUGGACGGCUUGAAGGUGACCCAUGUGGGCGGAUCGGCCGAGAUUCUGCGCGGAGUCCGCUUCCAUUUCGCCAAGUUGGUCAAAGGUCUGACCAACGAGGCCAGUUCCAAAGCCCAACUGGGCCUGGGCCACUCCUACUCGCGUGCCAAGGUCAAGUUCAACGUCCACAAGUCGGACAACAUGAUCAUCCAGGCUAUUGCGCUCUUGGAUCAACUGGAUAAGGACGUGAACACGUUUGCCAUGCGGAUUCGCGAGUGGUACUCGUACCACUUUCCCGAACUCAUCAAGAUUGUGCCCGAGAAUCUGUUAUUCGCCCGUUGCGUGAAAGUGAUCAAGAACCGGAAAGAGUUGCCCGACAACAUCCUCCAAGCCUUGGAAGAGAUCGUCAUGGACUCGGCCAAAGCCAAGGCCAUCGUGGACGCCAGCAAAUCCUCCAUGGGCAUGGACAUCUCGCCCAUUGAUCUCUUGAACAUUGACCUAUUCGCUAACCGCGUCAUCGGUUUGGCCGAUUACCGGGCCGAGCUCACCCAUUACCUCCGCUCCAAGAUGGGCUCAGUGGCCCCCAAUUUGGCCACCCUCAUCGGUGACACCGUGGCCGCCCGUCUCAUUUCCCACGCGGGUUCGCUCACCAAUCUGGCCAAAUAUCCGGCCUCCACCGUUCAGAUCUUGGGGGCCGAGAAGGCGCUCUUCCGGGCGCUCAAAACCCGUGGUAACACGCCCAAGUACGGAUUAAUUUUCCACUCCUCCUUCAUCGGCAAAGCGGGCACCAAAAACAAAGGCCGAAUUUCUCGAUAUCUGGCCAACAAGUGCUCGAUCGCGUCGCGUAUCGAUUGCUUCUCCGAGAAUUCGACUACCAUCUUUGGGGAGAAGUUGAAGACCCAGGUGGAAGAUCGUCUGAAUUUCUACGAAACCGGCGAUCUGCCCAAGAAGAACUUGGAGGUCAUGCAAGAAGCCAUGGCAGCCGUGGCCCAGGAAGUGUCCGAAUUCACGGUCGUGACCAAGAAGAAGAAAAAGAAGAAGCGCAAGGCCGAGGAGGCCGGGGAGGCUGAAGCUGAGGCCGACGUCGAGCAGGCCCCGCCCUCCAAGAAGAAGAAAAAGGAGGAGCCGGCCGAGGCAGUUGCUCCAGAGACGCCCAAAUCUGAGAAGAAGAAAAAGAAGAAGGCCAAGGAGCAGGAGGCGGAACCCGAACCCGAACCCGAAGCUGUCACCCAGACAACGGCUUCAGAGAAGAAGAAGAAAAAGAAGAAGAAAAAUCAGGUUGAAUAAGUAUUUUUGGGCAUUCGCGAUUUCGUGUGCUCCCCAAUGGAAAUUUUCGAUAUGUAUUCUUGUAAAUACAAGCCCAUCCGAUGA